AGGGUCAAAUUUCUUGCGCAAAUGAGAGCAAUCCCACGAAAAAGAAGUGCUCUCCAGAUUGUCAAAACCUGUCUGGAUUAUACUACUUCACUUUACACGUAAUUGUUCUACCCUAUCAGAAUGACAACGACGGGUUUUCAACAAAAUUGACAUUUUUUUUUUUUUGAAGAAACGUUUAUAAACGUUUGUUGCUUGUCUUAUGUGUUUGUAUUUGUUAUAGUGAAGGUCUUCCUAUGUCGAUUUGGAGCAUCAUUCGCUAAUGUCACUUUCCCCUGAUCACUAUAGCAUUGGUCAGUGACGAGUGUUACCAACCUCAAGACUCCAAAAGACCUGCUGGGACCUGAGGAGAUUUUGUUUUUGAUCUAUUUUCCAAAAUGAACCUUAUUGGGAGCUACCAGCAUCAUCAUCUGAUGCACGAGACCUUUCCAUUCGUCCAGAGGUGUCAUCAAGAUAACCCGUACUUCCAAAGCUGGGUGGUGAACCACGGCGAAGUCCCUCCUGAUUUCCAGAUCCAGUCUCCGUACUCCACGGAGUUUGGGGCUCAGGGUCCGGCUCACGACAGCCAGCUGGACGCUCCCUCAGCGCGCACUGGGAAGAGGAGAGCCUCGGGGCCGAAGAAGGAGCGGAGGAGGACGGAGAGCAUCAACACUGCGUUCGCCGAACUGAGAGAAUGUAUACCAAACGUACCGGCAGACACGAAACUGUCCAAAAUUAAAACAUUACGACUAGCAACAAGUUAUAUUGCCUACCUAAUGGACGUGCUGGCUAAAGACACUGGAGAGACCGAGGGAUUCAAUGCAGAAAUCAAGAAAUAUGAUAACAGAGAUUUGAAACGGAAACGGGAAACGAACGAGGACCUGCAAGAGUCAUUAGGAAACGAGAAAAAGUUCAAAGGGCGGACAGGUUGGCCUCAGCAAGUCUGGGCUUUGGAAUUGAACCAGUGACUGUUCUGACGUCACUGAGCAGAGCAAGCAGCAGAAACCCACGCAGACUCCGUAUUCAAGCACAUCGCUGCCAGGAAUACAACCACUUAUAUACACAUCUAUAGGCCUUCUACGUGCAAUGUUCAAAUUCAAACACGGUAGACUUGGUGAAAUUCAAAUUCAAUGCAAAUGUUCAAAAAACUGCCUGGACACCUUUUCUUUGUCAUUUGUAUUCUUUGAUAGAAUAUAAAUGAAAGUUAGGCAAUAUAGCUUAGAAUAAAUAUGUUUGGUUGUGGAUAGGCCACAAUACUGAACGGAGAGACUGACACGGUGGUAUAUGUGUGUUGUUUCUUUAUUCUUUAACGCGGCAAUCAAUGUUCAGCACUGUGUUUUUUAUGCUAUGCAUUGUCUUGUUAUAAUAGUGUCGACUUGUCGUGUUGUCUUGUUAAUAUUUUUUGGGAAUCUACCUCAAAUUAAUGUAACUGUCCCUUUGAAAUAGAAAACAAUUACGUUGCAGGACAAAUAUCUGUUAAAAAAAAACGGAACGUAAUUCCAAAGGACACAGGUGGUUAAUUAUUAGACUGUAUAUUUGAAUCUGACGAAAUUGUUGUCUUUGUGUGAAUUGGAUGUAAAAUUAUAUUAAUAGAUUACUUAAUAAAUGAAUUACAUAAUUAAUCACAAAAUCGUUGUAAAACGGCAAUGAAAUCAUUCAGUGCUUGAAAAAUAACGAUUAGGUAUAGGUCUUGAUAUGCAUAUCCCUAGGCUACUAUUUAUUAAUACAUUUAUUACUACAUUUUUUAAUGUAUUUAUAUCAAUCACGAGACACAUCCGGGGUAAUGGUACAGUUUGGUAAAACAUUUUAGGUUACAAAUGGAACAAUUUAAUCACAGCAUGUGUGAAAAAAAUAAAAUAAAAUAAAAGGUUGUGGAAGACCAUAAGAAGCACAUUCCCUCUCUCCCACUAUCCCAGGUCCCCAUACAGCUGGGUCCUCGAGGAUACAUUUUCUUAUUUUGUUUCUUCAAUCUUUUGUUUUGUUUUGUGGUAAUGUGCUAGAUAACAUAAGGGUUUGAGGUGCAGUGGUUAAUAUGAAAACACAUGCUUCAGGAUGCUGGGUCCGAGGUACAAUAAAUAAUCAGUGGCAUAUAUCUCUAGUCAUAAUUGAUAUAGGCGAGGGAAGUCAUAUGCCAGUCGUGAUGGCAGUUAUAGGCAAUUUUCUUGGGUAUGAGCUUAAACAUUUGAUUGGCUCUAUACGAUAUUUACCAUAUUCAGAAAUUCAUUAUAGAUCAAUAUAGGUCUAUAGUAAUUCAGUUAAAAAUGCAGACGAAAAACGAAUAUUUGGUUACGUUCAAUUUACGGUGAUUACGUUCCAUUUUGUCAUGGGACAGACGCACGCUGUUUCGCCCGGAACCAAUAAAACCGUCUUUCGAUUGACUUAUCAGCCCACAAGAUAAACUCGUCCCAUCAAUCAAUCAAUUUCAAAGCAUAGCCUAUACCAGGGUUUCCCUAAAUUAGAUCCCGGGGCCACGUUUUGGUUGUUGCCCUAGCAGCUGAUUCGAGCAUGACCGAGUUUGUGAAACCCUGGCCUAUUUUAGUAUAGAAUAAUCAAAUGAAGAGAUAAGAUUAGGCUAUUAUUUCAAUGAUGCAAAAAAACAUAUAUGAUUGAACAAAGAUUUGCUUAUAGAUCCAUCAGCAACUAGUGCUUAAUAUUAGGUCAGCAUAAUAUUGGUUUGGACGUCUGUUUUCAGAAAGUAUUCAUACGUCUCGACUUAUUCCACAUGUUGUUGUGUUACAGCCUGAAUUCAACAUUGAAAUAAAACAUUCUCAUCCAUC